GCAAUUGAUAAAUAAAUUCUCAUCUAAAAGUUGUUUUUAGGUAGCGCACUAAAAACUUAGUUCGUAAAAUAUGAAAUUAUUUGUACGAGUAACUCUUAAAAUAUAGAACAGAAUAAACUUAAAAGUUUGAAAAAUCCAGUGCGCAAUAUUUACUUAUUUAUAGUACACUCAUUCACUCAUGCCGGCCUUUACCUUUAAAAUUUGUGGGUUUGUUUUGGAUUAAACGUUUUCAUGUGAUCGCAUGUAAACAACAAUGUUCCAUCGCAUCAUUUUAUACGUUAUUCAUAAAUGUAUUGAUACCUUCUUUUUUCUACAACUUUUGUUCAGAGAAAUAAAUUCUCUUGUACAAUACUCUUUGAGCUUAUUUCCAGAAUUCCUCAAAUUUUAUAAAUCAACUACUGACUUUAAUUGCAAAAGAUUACCUACUCAUUUGGGCAUCAUAAUAUGUGAAGAUAAAAUUUCAUUUUCUGAUGUUUCGAAUUUAAUUGUUUGGAGUUUUGCAGUCGGAAUUCAUCACAUUAGUAUAUUUGACAGCUCAGGUUAUAUUAAAUUAAAUGGAAAUGCACUGUAUAAAGAGAUGAUUGUAAAAAAAAAUCUCAUCUUGAAAGAUGCAGCACAUUAUUUUGAUAUUAUAUUUAGUGAUGGAAAAGCUCCUUUUCCAUAUAAUGUUUCUAUAAAAAAUGGUCACAGAACAGAAAAUGUCAAUGUCUACCUAAUAUCACAAGAAGAUGGUAAACAGCAAAUUGUAGAAGCAGCUAAAAAAGUUUCUAAAAAUAUUAAAAGGGAACCUGAUUUAUUGAAAAAUUUCCAUAGCCUGCAUUUAGAUCAGUGUAUCAAAGGUGUAAUUAACAUACCUGAUCCCGAAUUAGUCAUACUUUUUGGUCUUACAAAUGGUUUAAUUGGAUAUUUACCAUGGCACAUAAGACUUACUGAGUUUAUAUCACAAUUAACUCAUCAUGGUUUUAGUUUUGAAGAAUUUAGGAAAGUUUUACAGAGGUACAAUAAAUGUGAACAAAGGUUUGGUAGAUAAACUCCUGUGAGAUGUCUUCUUUGUUCAAACCUUCCAUUAUCUGUGAUGUUGAAUGGAUAAUUUUUCUUUACUUAAUCUGAAACUAAUUUUUUUUCUCUUACUGCAGAUCAAAAAGAAUAUUUUUACAUGUUAUCAUAAUAUUCCUUUCAAAUUAUAAUUCAUCAUGAAAACGCGAUUUGUUAGAAGAAUCACUGUGUUGUAAAUAGACAUUUGAAAUAAAUAUUGUUUUUGUUAAUGAAA